AUGGACUCUCAUAAACUCAAUUCUAUACAAUAUCUUUACGAUGAUACCUCAUCUAAUGAUGAAAGCUUAGAUAUAUCAAUGCAGGAAACCCCGGAUAAUGAAUUUUGUAAUGGUAUAACAGCAGAAAUCGAUGAUCUGAAGAAUAUCGGAGAUAUUAAUGAGAGCUGCAGGCAGAAAGCCCAAAAACUUAAAAACAAAAAAAUUCUGACAGGCUUAUGCCCCAUUAAAAAGCAUAAUUCAUUGUUAAAUAUUCCCAUCGAAAAGGAAAGUGAGAAGGGUGCAAUGGAUAAUACGCUUGCAAAUCCUACCAAAGAAAUACCAGCACCUAAAGAUCGACCAUCAGCUUGUGUUUUUGUUGCAAGUCUUUCAUCUAAUCUUCCUGAUGAUAUUCUCUGUAAAACGGUAACUGAACAUUUCAAGCAAUGGGGAAAUGUCACUUUCGUCAAGGUAUUAAGGGAUUUAGCUAACAGACCAUAUGCCUUUGUCCAAUACGGAACAGAUAAAGAAGCAAGCAAGGCCAUAAAAGAAGGGCAACAUUCUGUUUUGAAUAAUAGAACAAUAAGAUGUGAGAAAGCGCGUGUUAACAGAACUUUGUUUGUUCAUGCUUCCGACUAUAAAAAGGUUAACUUAAAUGAAUUUCGAUCAAUACUAGAAACUUAUGGUGAGGUUGAAAAAUUAAUUCCUGUUGAGCCACAUUUCAAGAAUACAAAAGAUUCGGAUGAAUUUAACCAGAGCUGGUUCGCAAAAUUUGUCUACCGACAGGAUGCAAUUAAUGCUUUCGCCAGUCUUAAGCUAAAAGAUUCUUGGAGAGUCGAGUGGGCACAAAAUCUCGACGAUGAAUAUAAGAAUACCCCCGAUGUUACAAUUGACAGGUAUUCAAUUUUUGUUGGUCACUUAGAUCCUCGGAUAAAGAAAAGUGAACUCAUUGAACGUUUUGAACUACAUGGGAAAAUUAAAGAAGCAAUCCUUGUGAGUAGGCCUGUCCACAAUUUUGCCUUCAUUAAAUUUGUUGAUAGAGAUGCUGCUGCUGCUGCCGUCGAAAGGGAAAACCAUUCCCUGUUCAAGUAUAAGACGAUUUAUGUUCAAUAUAGGGAAGUAUAUAAUAACGCCGGCGGCAGAAAAAAGCGUAUAAAUCUAUCAAUUAGAAAUGGAAUCCGGCUAAAUUUGGCGCCUCCACCUGUUAACUUUAAACGACAUGUCUCUAUUAGGACUGGGCAAUCAAUGUCUGACUUUAAGCACUAUUCCUAUGGAGCCAAACAGAAAUUUGAUAAAUGGAAGAAAAAAGUAAGCACGAAAAGUCUUAAUUUUAAUCCAUUAUCUGCAAAUGAUAAGUUAAUAAUGUAUUCGGAAUUUCAAAAUAUUCCUUCAGCUUGUGUACCUAGAAUUCUAGGACAAAUUGAUCCUUUGUCCAAUACAGAAAAUGUAUGUGCUGGUUCCUCCUUUGGUAUUCCAUACCAAUCAUCAUGCGGAAAGAUUUGUGACGUUGACUUGUGUGGUCCUUCAAAUGAAUUUGAUCAAAGGACGAAUAUGACUCUUCCUGGCAAGGCAUGUACCAAGAAAGAUGAUGAAACAAUUCGCAGCACUAAUACUGAUCAUUCCUGUGAGCAGAAAUCUCUUUAUACACUCAAUACAGAGGAAAGCAGUGAAAAUGCUUCCAAAGAUAAUUAUAGCGCCCAAAAUUUUCAGUUCAAUCAAGCAGGGUCUUAUCGCAUUCCGUAUUAUUAUCUUUUACCCCAGAAAGGAAUUAAUUAUAUUCCAAAUAAUGGUCUUCAAAUGGGAUUAUGCGAGCCAUCAACACCAAUUGGGGUUCCUGGUUUUUCACCGGUUAGUUCUUCUUCACCUAAUGCGAACGCAUCUGGUCCAAAUUUUAUGCUGUCUUACCCCGGUUUAACCGGUCCAUCACAAAAUACGCCGCCAUCAAUGUUGUAUCCAUUUUAUAUGUAUUACUGCAAUAAUAUAGACCCGCAGCCCGAGGCCAAUACUUUUAAUGUUGGUACGGAAGCAAAGGAAAGGUCCGGCUCCCUUUCAAAAGGUUCUUUAUAA